GCGUGCCUCCCUUAGAAACACUUAGUUUCAUGUGUGAGUCAUAAGCUGAAGCAGACACCACUUCCCCAAUCUACAGGAGCCAUUUUAACAGCACAAAACUCGCCCGGUUGCUUUUUAGUUUCAAGCCCAGAGGACGAAACCUGAAGACAAAGUUUAAAGGAAUAACUUUAGGGAGCAUCAUGACAACCUGUUUGGAGCCUCUGAGGUGGACUUGACUGAUAGUGGAGAAAACUGAGAGUGGAGUUCCCCCUUAAAUUUGGAACAAGAAGACCUAGUGAAUUAUUUCAGAAAAAGUGCAGAUUUGCUUAGAAUGUCAACGAACCAAGAAACUUUGAAGCAUUGCUUUCACUGAAGAGCACCUUGGUCUGCAGUCAAUCCACAGACUGACCUUUACACUGUACCCUCCUGGUCCAGACUUGAACCUGACUCGGACUUUUCUCAUGUGGAUCUAAGAGGAAUGCUUUACUAUGGCUACUGUGGUCCAACAGAACGACCUAGUGUUUGAAUUUGCAAGCAGCGUCAUGGAGGAUGAACAGCAGCUUGGCGACCCUGCUAUAUUUCCUGCUGUCAUUGUGGAACAUGUUCCUGGUGCUGAUAUUCUCAAUAGUUAUGCUGGUCUAGCCUGUGUGGAAGAGCCUAAUGACAUGAUUACUGAGAGUUCACUGGAUGUUGCUGAAGAAGAAAUCGUAGACGACGAUGAUGACAUCACCCUUACAGUUGAGGCUUCUUGUCAUAAUGGAGAUGAAACAAUCGAGACCAUUGAGGCUGCUGAGGCACUCCUCAAUAUGGAUUCUCCCAGUCCUAUACUGGAUGACAAACGAAUAAAUAAUAAUAUAUUUAGUUCCUCUGAAGAUGACAUUGCUGCCCCCAUCACCCAUGUGUCUGUCACAUUAGAUGGUAUUCCUGAAGUGAUGGAAACUCAGCAAGUGCAAGAGACAAAUACAGACUUCCCAGGAGCCUCCUCCCCAGAACAGCCUAAAAGAAAGAAAGGAAGAAAAACAAAACCACCACGACCAGAUUCCCCAGCCACUACACCAAAUAUAUCUGUGAAGAAGAAAAAUAAAGAUGGAAAGGGAAACACAAUUUACCUUUGGGAGUUUCUACUGGCUCUGCUUCAGGACAAAGCUACCUGCCCUAAAUACAUCAAGUGGACACAGCGAGAAAAGGGCAUCUUUAAACUGGUUGAUUCUAAAGCUGUGUCUAAAUUGUGGGGGAAACACAAAAACAAGCCUGACAUGAACUAUGAAACCAUGGGAAGAGCACUCAGGUACUAUUACCAAAGAGGUAUUCUUGCAAAAGUGGAAGGUCAGCGCUUGGUGUAUCAGUUUAAAGAAAUGCCAAAAGACCUCAUAUACAUAGAUGAGGAGGAUCCGAGUUCCAGCAUAGAGUCUUCAGAUCAGCCCUUAUCAUCUACAACCACAUUAAGUCGCAAUCAAGCAAGCCGAUCAAGAGCAUCUUCAAGUCCGGGAAUAAAAGGAGGGCCCACAACAAUUCUAAAAACAGGGAAUUCUAAAGCUACAAAACCCAAAGAUCUCAUGGAAGGUGGACAGUCAUCAGAGGUUUUGAGGACAGUGCAGCCCUCACAGUCUCCUUUUCCUACCCAGUUCUUCCGGACUGUUCAUGUAGUGCAGCCAGUACAAGCUAUCCCAGAAGCAGAAGCCACAAUACCCAGCACCAUACAGGAAGAAACAGCGAAUUCUCCAGUUCCAAGUAUUAGCAGGAGCAUACAGGCUUCAACCCAGGUUCCAGUAGUCGUGUCUCCUGGCAACCAGCAGUUGCAUACAGUAACACUCCAGACAGUGCCACUCACAACGGUUAUAGCCAGCACAGACCCGUCAUCAGGUGCUGGGUCACAGAAAUUUAUUUUACAAGCCAUUCCGUCAUCACAACCUAUGACAGUACUGAAAGAAAACGUCAUGCUACAGUCACAGAAGCCGGGCUCUCCCCCUUCAAUUGUCUUUAGCCCUACCCAUGUACAGCAGGUCCUUACAAGCAAUGUUCAGUCUAUUUGCAAUGGAGCUGUCAGUAUGGACUCAUCUCCAUCCUUCAGUGCCACACCUGUGGUGACCUUUUCUCGAAGUUCCCAGCUGGUUGCACACCCACCUGCCACUGUGAUCACUUCUGUUAUCAAAGCUCAGGAAACAAAGACUCUUAAACAAGAGGUAGAGAAAAAGGUUGAAGAUCAUUUGAUUGAAGACACUGAGAAAACUGAACAGCAGGCACAGCCUUAUGUGAUGGUGGUAUCCAGUACAAACGGGUUUCCCUCUCAGGUAGCCAUCAAACAGAAUGAACUGCUAGAGCCCAACUCUUUUUAAUUAAUACACCAAAGUAAUUAUAGGUUAUUUUUUUUAAUGAGUUCAUUUUUCGGUUGUCCAAACAUAACAUGAUUUUUUUUUCCUAAGUCCAUAGAAGGUCUUAAUUUUAUCAUUGUUAAAAUAGUUACUUUUGACUCUGCAAAAUGAGGAGGAAAACUCAAGUGUUUCUCUUCUCUAAGUGUUUCAGAACUCAGUUGUGAAGGAGCAGGAAUUUUAUACGAUGAAGAAAUUCUUGAUUUAUUUCAGUUUCUAUAAGUAUUUUUAAAGUUUCUUUUCUAACUUGACACUGUAUUAGCUUCCUGAUCAUUUGUAAAUACUAACUAAAUAAAGGGUAACAGGGAAUUUAUAUAGGAAAUAUUUUCAUUCCACUUGUAUAAUUUAAGUCUUGACUCUUUCAGAUACAAGAAACUUAUUUUAUACUAUUAAAAUUAUUAUGAUGUCACUUAGUUUGACUUUAGUUCACUGCACUGUGUAUUAUACUAUGAACUUGUAAAAUAACAUAAAUUGAAAUGUAAGCCCAGUGUAUUGGUGCAUACUUGUAAUCCUAGCACUUGGGAGGUGGACGAAGCAUAAUCAGGAGUUCAAGGUCAGCCUUAGCUACCUAGUGGGUUUUGAAGCCAGCCUGGGCUACAGGAAACCUUUUUUAAAAAACAAUAACAAAAAAAUUUAAGUGUGCCUAUGAUAACAUCUGAACCUGAGUUUCAGAAUGUGGUAUAAAGGUGGCGGCCUGUGAGUGACACUUCCUCUAGCUUGGUGUGUGACCCUGGGCGGGUUGCUUCACCUGCUAGAGUCUUUACCAUUUUGGGAAAAUGAAGGGACACAUUGGACUAGACAAAAUGAUCUCCAAGUUUCCUUCUUACUACAAAUUUUAGGAUUUUAGUACCUGUGCUUUAAAACUAUUCAGAAUAUUACCAGAUCAUUUCCUAAUGUAAAUAUGGGUAAAACACUGCUUAAAAAGGUUUUUCUCUCAAAAUUAUUCUAUUAUCAGUAAGAUCUGCCAUAAAUUCUUUCUAAGUUCUUUGUUCAUUGAUUCUUAGACCACCAUAUAUUGUGGCUUAUUAGUAAACUUAAGGGCUGAGUGCUAAGUGACAGGCUGCUGGUUCUGAGAGAGUCAGGGCUCCAAGGGCCAAAACAGCAACCUGAGUCCUGAGCUAACAUAGCUGAGUCAGUUAUUAUAAAAGCAUAAUUGCUUUUUAUUUGAACAAUUUUUUACGGUGGGUGAAGGGGGGGGAAGUUGCAUACAAAGAUAUAUAGCCAAGUUUCUGAUGUAGAGUUCUUAGAUUAUUUUUAACUGUAAAUAAUGUACAUUUAACGUCACAAGAAACUUUUCUGCAAAUUUUCUAGUAGAGAAAUUUUUGUAGAAGAAAAAUCAUGUUUAGAGGUCUAAUAUUAUAUGUUUUCAUAUUACAAAAUGAAUUUGUAUUUAAACAAAAUUUUAAAUUUUGGAAUCCUCUAAAUGUUUUUGUAUCUUUAAUUGUUUAUUAUUAAAUCAUGUAAAAGUUCUCCAUAUUUCUGGUUUGAAAUAAAUGUUUGUCAUUAGUCCUUUCA